AUGGAGGCUGAGAAUGUAGUGUUUGGUCGUAUAUACGAGGAAUUGGGGGAGAAAGGUGGGGACAUGAAGUUUUUUCGGCUGGCUAAAGCGAGGGAGAGGAAGGCCCUGGAUAUGGACCAAGUAAGGUGCAUCAAAGAUGAGGAUGGGGGGCCUGGAUAUAGCGUUAGGGGACUUGGGGGAAUUCGGAGAGUCUCCGAGAUUUUAGGUAUUACAGGUGCAUUAAGGUGGAGAAGGUCAUGGGGGCUUUGCGACGAAGAGGAUGCCGGAGAAGUGGAGGUCGAGUACAGUGGUACUGUCGUACAAGAACAAAGGGAUAAGAAGAAGGAUCUGCACAUGGUGUUUAUUGACUUGGAGAACGCAUAUAACAAGGUCCCUAGGGAGGUGCUUUGGAGAUGUCUUGAGGCAAAGGGCGUGCCAGUAGCCUACAUAAGAGCGAUCAAGGACAUGUAUGAUAGAGUUAAGACUAAGGUUAUGACUGUCAGAGGCAACUCGGAGCAUUUCCCAAUUGUUAUGGGAUUACACCAAGGCUUUGCGCUUAGCCCGUUCGUUUUUGCCUUGACUUUAACUUCAGAAUUGGCGGUUACAAAAGCUUCUUCACACCAAGCAGAGAAAGACAAAGAGCGUCACGAGUCCUCCUUCUCAGAGCAGCUAUCUAAAGCUAGUGAAGAGAUCAGAGAAUUAAAGGCAAGUUGGGCUUUUUUGAAUUCUCGUCGUGAUACCCUACUUGAAGAUGGACAAGAAAACUUCAACCUGGAGUUGGAGUUAGCUAAAAUCAACAAAACUAUUGAAAAGGCUCAACAAACUCAGGACUUCCCUUCUCCCAUGGAUGAAGUUCCCGUGGCUGAAGUUCCCGUGGCUAUUGAAGCUAAUACGAGUAUCAUGACUAUUUCAAACUCGAUCGAGCCCGUUGCUGCAAGCCAAGUUGAAGCCGCGUCUACUGAUGCACCUGGCCAAAUUGAGCUUGCUGCUAUCGACGUUCCUGCCUCAAUACCACAAACUUCUCAGUGA